GUCGUCUCAUGUUAACCGCGUGAGUGUUUAUCUAAACAUCUUUGUCCAUUGUAAUUUGUCCACCAAAUCCAAAUUCAGAAGAAAAACACCAAGCAGUAUUGGGCUUUUGAGGGCUUGGGCCGAUAAUGCAGAAAUUCACGUGCAGCACGCAGUUCAAGGUGGCGUGGUGAGAUGAAGAAAACAGACACCUACCUACACCACACCACACCACACCACACCACACCACACCACUCGAAAAAUCGACCAAGACGCAGACGAAAACACCGGAAGUUUUGAGGACGAAGAAGACCCAGUGAGUUCAAUUCAUUCAAUCGAUUGCAUUUGCAUUCCACAUUCACAUUCACCUUCAUCAAUUCAAAUUUCAAUUCAAUUCAAUUCAAUCUCUCACACAUGGGCGAACCCCAAUCCCUAACCCCAACCCAGAUUGAACCUCACCCUCAGCCCCAAUUACCUCCCUCCUCCGCCCCACCAUCCACCGUCGCCGCCGCCAUCAUUACCCCAGACCCCGAACUCACCAAUGUCCCCCCGCCAAACCAUGCCCCGGCAACCAAAAUCCCCCUCCGCCCUCGCAAGAUCCGGAAGCUCUCUCCUGAAACGACGACCACCACCACCACCACCUCCGAAUCCCAAUCAGAAACCCCAAAACCCACCGCCACCGGCAAGUCAGCCACCGGGCGCAACAACAACAAGGCGGCUCAACAGCAGCAGCGAACCCUAGCGGCACCCAGAGUGAUUGCCAGGCCACUUUCCUGCGAAGGCGAGGUGGAGAUCGCACUGCGCUAUCUCCGCAACGCAGACCCUCUCCUCUCCCCUCUCAUCGACAUUCAUCAGCCUCCUACCUUCGACAGCUUCAACACCCCAUUCCUGGCGCUAACGCGCAGCAUCUUGUACCAGCAGCUGGCGUAUAAAGCCGGUACCUCGAUAUAUACCCGAUUCAUCGCCUUAUGUGGUGGGGAAGCCGGUGUUGUUCCGGAAACUGUGCUUGCGUUAACUCCUCCGCAGCUUCGCCAGAUUGGGGUUUCGGGGCGGAAGGCGAGUUAUCUUCAUGAUUUGGCUAGGAAAUACCAGAAUGGGAUACUCUCUGAUUCUGCAAUUGUAAAUAUGGAUGAUAAGUCGCUUUUUACUAUGCUCACCAUGGUUAAUGGAAUUGGGUCUUGGUCUGUUCACAUGUUCAUGAUAUUCUCACUGCAUAGACCUGAUGUUCUUCCCAUCAAUGAUCUCGGUGUUCGCAAAGGGGUUCAGUUUCUUUAUGGUCUUGAAGACUUGCCUCGGCCCUCUCAGAUGGACCAGUUGUGUGAGAAGUGGAGGCCUUAUCGCUCGGUUGCUUCCUGGUAUAUGUGGAGAUUUGUUGAAGCAAAGGGAACUCCUUCAAGUGCCGUGGCAGUGGCUACCGGUGCUAGCUUGCAACACCACCAGCAGGAGCAGCAACAACAACAGCAGCAGCAGCAGCACCCUCCACAGCCACAGCUUCUGGAUCCCAUUAACAGCAUGUUUAAUCUCGGGGCCACCUGUGCUUGGGGACAAUGAUUACUCGUGAAAUUGUGAAGUUUGUACUGAAACUUGGACAUUGCAUUGAAGGGUUAGUCUAUGAUUGCCAUGUGUUCAAUAAAUCCUGUGCAAGAUUAAUAAAGACCAGUCCUUAAUGACCAGUCCUUAAUUUUGUUUUGUUGAUCAGUAAUUGUAGUGGUUGGAGGCCGAAUUCAAGUUGUCAAGCUGUCUUUUUGUUAGAUAUAAGAGAGAAGUAUUUCACUACCUUUGCCACUUGGUAAUGUCACAAUGGUUUGAACUUUGGACAUUGUAACUAUUAUGAGUCCUUAUUUAACGAACUCCUUGUGGAUGGGCCCUUUGUGAAUUCUUAUAUCGUCAACAUAAGAUUUCAGUAAUUCUUAUCCUCA